AUGACGAAUAGGAUGUUUUUAGCCACUGCACUCACCGUUGCGCAUCGUACGAUUUUGUCUACAACGACGACGUAUUUGAACAUCUGGAAUACAAAUCUUUGGACCAAGUCAGAAGUAACGCCAAACAAGUCUAGGCUUUGCGAGCGAUUACUUCUACGAUUUGACCACGUAUCCCAAUCUGAGAAGGCCAUAUACGCAUGCAUCACAACAGCUGGCUCAGUUACCGCCAUGUGCAAUGCUCAUCUAUAUCUCCGCUCCAAGGCAAGAGUCAGAUAUGGAAAGAUGCAGGCAUGCUCGAUAUUUCCGACCGACUCUGAUUUAUACUACAUAUUCGACGAUUACGGGCGUCUGGACAGACGCUUCUGCGGCCGUGGUACACAGAGAGGGUCUGGCGUAUGGGGGAGCGAGCUCGAUUACGAUGAGAUUCUUUUAAUCAAAAGCCUUGACAUUCGCUCCAGUGUCCAAGCAACCGAAAAGCGACUUUUAAUGGCACGCAUGUUGACAGCUGUGGUUCUUGAAUUUGCGCGUGAGCAGCAGCGGAAAUUCUUUGCCAUAGUAGCGAGCCCGGAGGACGAUGAGAGGGCGUGGGAGGAAGACAUCUAUUAUCGAAGGCCACUGCCACAGGACCAAGAGUUUUGCGCGCUUGGUAGCCGCUUUUGGCAGCUUCAUCGGUUUCGAAGAAUCGGCUUGUCACCCUUCCUUGCCUUUACUGAUGACAUCAAUCAUCCAUCUCGAGCCUUGAUCGACGACUUCAGACUUCCCCGAAAGCGCGCCGCAAGUGCGCUAGUACAAGAUUGGAUGUCUGAGGUUGAAUCGCUCCUCUCUGGCCGUGCUUUGGAUUUCGAAAUUCUCCUGAUCGGGUUUACUGAGGAUGUGCCAACCCCUUCAUGGACAUGGGUCGACAGUAAGGGAAUGACUAUUCUUCAUCAUGCGGCUCGCAGCGCAAAGGUUUAUGCGGUUGACUACUUCAUGCGCGCAUUCCCUCCACUAAUUGAGAUGCGUGACAUAUUCAACAGGACACCGCUGGACGCUCUUCUCAACGAGCGUGAAGUCGAGACAAUAGUAUGUACAUUCGAAGAAGAUAUUAGAUUUCCUGAUUGGAAAUAUGUCACUUGUAUAGGUCUCCUCUCCGGCACCGAAAUUUACCAGCCAUUGAGCUUAGAAGACUUCGAUAAUCCAACAGACACAAUGGCCAUCAUGAAGACUAUGGAUGCCAAGUACCCGAGGAUUAUGACUUGA